AGGAAAUGGUGGGGUAAAUUGUCAUUUAGGCGGGGCGGGACCGGAAUUGACGUGGUAGAAGGUAGGGAAGGAAGUCUAUACAGCGUGUGUGUGUGUUCGUUCCUGUGCCUAGAAGCUUUUUCCGCGUUUGUGAAUAGCUUCAAUUCCGGAACGUACCUACCUAUGUAUCAUUAUCACGUGGUUUGAAGCACAUGUUGCAAGGCACUGACCGAAUCUUUGAAUUACUGAUCGAGGGUUACUCAUCGGUAGGAAGCACCUCGGAUCACCAGAUAUCAUGCAGCAUUCUACCUCGUACAAAGCAAUUGAGCUUUCACCAUCUACUUCGUUGUACCUGAGAAUCAUGCGAAAGAAUCCAUCAUCCCACAGAAGUCUUGGUAUCGUUCACAAUCGAGCCGGGCAACAAUUCUUACAUCGUAUUGAAAUCAACGUUCCUGCCCGUUCCCAUCCGAUGAAUUGAUCAGUGCCAACCUCGCACAAGGGAUGGAGAUACCAUCUAGACUUUGUACCGUAUACAGUCGCGUAUCAUUGGCCGUUGAACUUAUUGCUUCAGCGUCAAAACUGGGUCAAGCUGUCUCAUCCAUCCGGAUUAUCCAUUCAAUCCAACUUUCCUCAGAUUAUUUAACAAUUAAGCAUCGCAUCUCAUCUCAUCACAUUUCUUUUCAUUCCUCACUUACAAGCAAUCACUCUUCUCAUUCACUCAAUCUUCAAAAUGCCUUCAAUUUUUCCCUCUCAAAAUACUCUUCACGAUGCAUUCCAUUCUCCAAAUCCCUACGGUCGCCGAACUGAACCAUCAAUUCAAGCACGUACCACUCCCGUAUCAAAGCGCCGCACCCCACUUCAAGCUCGUCCAGAGCUCUAUACAGCUUGGUCUGUCGUCGACGAUGCGAAAAAUAAAGCCAAUGCAUUGAGUGCAGAAGCUACAAAGGAGUUUGACAAAGCUAGCACGGCUGCUCAAGCUAAAACUGGCAAAAUCGAGUUGUAUUCACCAAAGUUCUAUGCGGCAUGUACUUUUGGUGGAUUGCUUGCUUGUGGUCUCACCCAUACAACGGUCACUCCCCUCGAUCUAGUAAAAUGUCGUCGCCAAGUCGAUUCCAAAAUGUACACCGGCAACUUCCAAGCCUGGGGUAAAAUAUUCCGCGCCGAAGGUUUCCGUGGCAUCAUGACAGGAUGGGGUCCAACAUUCUUCGGUUACUCCGCUCAAGGAGCCUUCAAAUACGGUGGGUAUGAAUACUUCAAGAAAUUCUACGCCGACCUGGCUGGCCCUGAGAAUGCAUACAAGUACAAAACAUGGCUUUACCUCUCUGCCAGCGCAUCCGCAGAGUUUAUUGCGGAUGUGGCUCUUUGUCCUUUCGAGGCCGUGAAGGUUAGAAUGCAAACUACCGUUCCACCGUUCGCAAAAGGUACUUCAGAUGGUCUUUCCAAGAUCAUAUCGAAAGAAGGCUAUGCCGGACUAUACAAGGGCUUGUAUCCUCUUUGGGGACGACAAAUCCCGUAUACCAUGAUGAAAUUCGCAUCUUUUGAGACGAUCGUAGAAAUGAUUUACGAUCGUCUUCCAGGUCAAAAAUCAGACUAUGGUAAAGCUGCUCAAACAGGUGUUUCGUUCACCGGUGGUUACUUGGCCGGUAUUCUUUGCGCAAUUGUUUCACAUCCUGCUGAUGUUAUGGUGUCCAAGUUAAACGCCACCCGACUUCCCAGUGAAGCAUUUGGUGCUGCUACCGGACGUAUCUACAAAGAUAUUGGAUUCCGUGGUCUCUGGAAUGGUCUUCCUGUUCGUAUUGUUAUGAUUGGUACUCUGACUGGUUUGCAAUGGAUGAUCUAUGAUUACUUCAAGAUUUUCAUGGGACUGCCUACUACAGGCGGAGCUGCGCCUGUUGAAAAAGUAGCUAAGUAAGGUAAUGAAUACUCGGAGACAAACUGGAAGACUAGAGAUGAGGAGAACAGACUCGAAACAAAAAUGUGUUUCUGAUCCUGUAUAAUUGUAAUUCAAGGAACAACUAUUUUCCCAAUGCCCCUCUG